AGAGAGAGAGAGAGUGGUGGUGGUGGUGGGGGUGAUUUUUCCCAGACUGAACACAAAUCUGCCUCUCUCCAUUGCCUUUGCUGGCUGUGGCGUCCCUUUACGCGUAGAGCAUUACGCAUUAUUGGACUACAGAGCGAGGACUCCGCAUAACACCGCACCUAAAAGUCUCUAAGGAAACCCGUAUCACUCGCACCUUCUGUACUGCUUUGGACUUAAAGACGUCCCCUGUUUUCCGAGAAGUCUGGACAACUACUCUUCGUCACCCCUCCCCCCUUUUUUACCCCUGGAUUUAUAGCUGCCGAAAAGCGCGCUCGUGUGCUUUAAAAUGCAAGUCGGACGCAAAUCGUGUUGGAGGCAAUUGCAGGCGUCUUUUUUCAGACUGCUGUGUCUUAUCCCCACAGGAUUCCCAGUCCGGAGUGUGGAUAUGCAGCGGUCCACCGACAACAUCACCAUCCGCCAGGGCGACACGGCGAUUAUAAGAUGUUAUGUUGAUGACAAAGUGUCCAAGGUGGCCUGGCUCAAUCGAUCCAACAUCAUCUUCGCAGGCCAGGACAAGUGGUCCCUGGACCCCAGAGUGGAUCUGGUCACUAAAGGACAGCUGGAGUACAGCCUCCGCAUACAGAAGGUGGAUGUGUAUGACGAGGGGUCGUACACCUGUUCUAUACAGACCAAACAGCAGCCCAAGACCUCACAGGUCUACCUCAUUGUACAAGUUCCAGCCAAUAUCUACAAGGUGUCAGAAGACAUCACAGUGAAUGAAGGCAGUAACGUGACACUCAGUUGUUUGGCCAGUGGCAGGCCGGACCCUACAAUCACCUGGCGGCUGCUCAACCCCUCAGCAGAGCCGCUGGAUGGAGAGGAGUACCUGGACAUUAUAGGUAUCAUGCGAAACCAAGCAGGUCGUUAUGAAUGCAAGGCCAGCAAUGACGUCGCCACACCUGAUGUCAAAUAUGUCAAUGUGGUUGUCAACUACCCUCCAACAAUAAAGAAAACGCAGAGCUCAGAGACUCCGGUGGGCCGCUUGGGAACGCUGCAGUGUGACGCAACCGCUGUGCCCACCCCAGAGUUUGAAUGGUACAGAGACGAAAAAAGGCUUUCCAAUUCCCAGGGCAUCAACAUCCAAAUUCUUGGCACUACCACAAUUCUCAUGAUUGCCAAUGUCACCGAAGAGGAUUAUGGGAACUACACCUGUGUGGCCUCAAACCGACUGGGCAUCCAGAAUGCCAGUCUCUUCCUCUACAGACCUGGGACAGGUCGAGAUAUCAACGGUGCUGCCUGUGUAUCUCAAUCACUGUGGCUCCUGCUGGCCUCCUUCGCCUGCCUUUUCUUCAAAUGUUAAUACUGCUGUCCUCCUCCUUCUCCUUCUUCUUCUUCUUCUUCUUCUUCCCAGUCCUGGCCUUCCCUCCUUUUCCUUCUACCCUCGAAACACCGACAUCCUUAUUGCUACCUUAUUACCAACUUUACCACCUGCAGACUGUUUGCACCAUGAUACAAAAACCUAAUGUGCUCUCGAGCACUGCUUAGAGAUAUUACGAAAAAUGAGAUGAGAUGGGUCAUGAGUAAAAUGUUACAAGAAUAACAAAAAAAACAAAACAGUGAAACAAAGGACAGAACAAGCAAACAGUGCUCUUUUAAAGAGUUGCAUUCUUCUUCUUUUUAAUUUGUAUGCACUUCUUUGUUUCUGUUGUGGGGGUCUGGAUCGGGUUUGGGAUUUGUUGUAUUUUUGUCUUCAUGGGAAUGAAAGCAGAGACACCUCACUGACAAGGAUGCCAACAGUCAUUUGGCUCCAGAAGUCCUGAAGACAUAAGGGAUAUUUCUUCUUUCUCCCAUUAUAAUGCAUUAUGUUAACUUAAACUUUAGAUUUAACGAAGUGUUUAACCAGUGCAUUAAUGAGCAACAUGCAAAGUAUCUGCCAAAUAUCCAUAAACUAAACACAUUCAGAAAUCAAAGGGAAAAUACUGCAGCUGAGUCUGUGAUGAGAUUAUAGCUUGAUAUACAGUACUACCAUAACCUGAUGCUACUAGGCUGAAACAAAGAUAUAGAGCAUUAGCCCUGUUAUCUCUCCAAUCAAUGACAUUGUUUCAUUUGAGUUGUUGCUGUCAAGUCCAUGAUGCGGUGAAUAGAACUGACUUGAUCCUGUAGAGCUAAACCAUGCAGAGUACAAACAUGAGGAAAUUAGUUUACCUGGUGAUGGAUACCUACAUCUUCAUUCAGCGGUAUUGCAACUACCUGCCUUUAUUCCAAAAGAAUUCCUCUUUUCUUUUGCAGCAGGAAAAGAAACACAGUAGGUUAUAAUGAUGCGAAAUGUACAUAGUAAAAUUUUGUAUUUGUCUAUGAUAAAACAACUUGCUCUGCCACUGUAAGAAAAGGAAACAGAGGAAACUGUUACAGUGUAUGCUGAUUGUUUGAAGACCAAACAACCAUACCGUGCAGUUUGUCUCGGCUCCACAGCAGGCUGCGCCGCAUUUAGCUACACAUACUGUACCAUAUACAGUGUUUGCAUUUAGUUGACAACUUUUAGGAUCAUACUUCUAUACUGCUGGAAUUUGGGGAAAAAAAUGUAUGACACCAAUGAAUGACUUUUUUGGUUUCUCUCUUUUAAAGAAGUAUGUGUGUUUUAAUAUGAGACGAUACAGAAUAAUUCAUAAUAUAUUGAUAUUGAGGUUAUUUUUUUUGUCUUUACCUCAUUCAUAUUAGUUGCAUAUAUAUAUAUCUAUAUAUAUAUAGAUAUAGAUAUACAUAUACACAUAUACAUACUUGAAUCCAAUGUUCUCAUGUCCUCAUACUAUAUGAAAAGGAAAACUUUAUGUGUCCAUAUUUCUAUUUCUCAGUAGGGUAGCAAUUUGUUGAGAAUGAAGAAUUUGUAGAAGUGGCAACCCUACUCUAUCAUGUGAACUGAAGCCCAUUAGACAAUGAUGUUUUCUCUUUUUUUAAACAAUGAAGGGUCUAGCAUAAAAAACGGAUAGUUUUGUGCAGUUAUUGUACCUGUUCUUGAGAUGCUAAAAGUGCUAUAACAUGAUGUUAUUGGGAAUGGGAGAUUGUGUUUAGUUUGUAAUGCUGUUUCAUAUAGAAGGAAUUCAAAAAGAGAGUAGAAAACAAAAGGAAUACUAAAUGCUUAUUCUCAACUCUGAUGGGCCUCUAACAGAAUAAUACCAUUAAAUUACAUGCAAUGCAUACAAAUUACAUCCCUAACACAUUUUAUCAUUACACUUAUCCUGACCAUUAAAUUUAUUUCUUCAUGAACAUAAUUGUGAAAUGAGCACUAUACACGUCAUAUUUUGUAAAACUUGUGAGAAGAAGCUCUUUCAAACAGUGCGGUUCUUUCAGGAAACAGUUCAGAGGUCACUGCUGUUGUGAAACCGGUGCACUAUUUAGCUGCCUUUUUUGCCAUUUAUUUUGACUUUGACUAAUAGUGGAUGGACUCCAGUGUCCAGCUCAGCUCCUCGACUGCUCUUAUAACCAAGCUGAGAUAGUAUCAGUACUGUAAAACGCAUGUGUAAUUAAUGUCAUCUUUGCCAUACAUUAAAGACAAUGUUCCCAGUGUUUUCAUUGUAAAUGCUUCUGAGGCCAUGGCUGUGUGAUUUUGUGGUGUUGGUAAUGCAAUCUGAUCCAGUGUAACUUUCAUGGGGUGAAGUGGGACAAGUACAGCUAUAUACAGAAUGAAACAGGUCACAAUUUCAAUGAAAGCUGAAACAUUUAAACAGUACAAACAUCAUCAAACAUUAAUAGCAUCUUAUAAUUUGAUCUCUCAGUCUGAGAAGUGGAGGAAAAAAAAAAGUUGUUUUUAUGCUUUCAUGUCUUACACAUACUUUUUAAGUUUAUUUUCUGCAACUAUAAAUUCCGGUGUACCCACUUCGAACGUGGAUUAACUCCUGAUGUUUUUCUACUACACUGGUGUUUCUGCAGACUCUGCUGCCGCUUUUUAGCCCAUAGCUAAUCCACAUUGGUAAUUCAUCAGCAGCAAUUAUCUUCUUACUGCAGUAGGAAGUGAAUGAUCUGAACCCUGUGGUGAAAUUGCUCUUCAUGAUCACUUCGCAUGGGAGUGAUCUGUGCUACAUGUCUGUUACAGUGAGUCAUUAUGUGUCACAUACAAAAAAAAAAGAAAAACUCAGGGUGGAGCUAGGCUGGCCUUGGGCAUACUCUCAGACAAAUGAAAAUGUGUUCUGUUUUGAUUUCUUGCUGGGGGAGAGCCAGAGCAGGGUCAAAUAUCUCCUAAUUGUGCUCAGCAUUUAUUUUAACCUGCCUGGAUUGCAUGAGUUCACUGCAUCAAAGCAAAUAGCAUGAGGAAUCUUAUUUUAAAGGAUUCUACAGAUAAUUGACUGUCAUCGUCUAAACUUUCUACCAUUCAGGUGAUUUUCAUGUGAGAUGAACCUCACCAGCGUGUGUCCUUGCAGGUUAAAACCAGCCAAUAAGCACUGACUGAUACUAAGACCACAUAUGUAAAAGCCAUGGAGCUCUGUCUUAUCCAGAGAGCAUAAAGGAAUAAGAAAAUACUCUCCUUCCACUGCUCAUAAACCAACAGCCAGCCUAUGGACACAGCACCUACCCCCUGUAGACAGACCUGGAUAUCUACUGAAGACUGUAGAUACAGCUAUCUCGUUUACUAUUGAGCAUAGCCGCAGAACAUCCCCAUCGCUUCACUGUUGGCUUAUGUUUGUGCGUGUGUGUACUCUGAUUCUGACUGUGUCCAUUAUUAUUAUUACAAUCUGAGAAAUUAACAUGAGGCAUGAGAUACAUGAUGAGUUGGCCAAACAGCCAACUUUCUACUUUCUGUAGAUGGUUACAGUGGUAACCCUCUAUUUUAAGUUUUAAGUUGUUACUUUUUCUCCUCUGUGUGUAUAUACACUAUGAUGUUUCUACAGUAGAAUGUUGUGAAGUCCGCAAAUCCAUAAGAUCAUGUUUAUACAACUCAACAUUUAAAAAUUUGAACAGAAAAUGUAACUAUCACAUUUAUACGCCCUUCCCUUUGAAAUGGGAAAUUAAGAUUCAUUCAUGGAUUAUGACACAGCUGUGUCCCAUUAUUUUAUUUUACUUUACUUUAUUAUGGCAUAAGGUGAUUGCAGCCAGUUUCUGAAAAAUGAUAUGUAAUGAAGGUAUAUGAGAAAAUGUUCAUAACACAAAAUAAAGUUGUUUGAGUUCA